AUGGCUUUGGUAGAAGUGUUUUUGGGUGCGUUUAUAACUGUGUUGUUUGAGCGAUUGACCUCUCGCGAGUUUUUGAACUUUGCUCGCAGCGAGGGAAUUCAUACCCAAUUGGAGAAAUGGAGCGAAGUGUUAAUGACAAUUCGAGCAGUGCUCAGCGAUGCAGAGGCUAAGCAAAUAACGGAGAAAGCUGUGAAAUUGUGGCUGAAUCGUUUCAAUGAUUUGGCUUACGAUUUGGAUGACCUACUGGACGAAAUUGCCACAGAAGCUUUGGCACAUGAAUUGAAAUCCAAGCCUGAAGCAGCUACCACAAAUAAGGUACGGAAAUUCAUCCCUACUUGUUGUACUAAUUUCCCUAGAUCAGUUACGCUCAAAAUAAAGAUGGGUCCCAAGAUUGAGAAGAUCACUUCUAGAUUACAAGAUAUUGUAAAGCUUAAAGAUGAUCUGGAUUUGAGAGUUACUCGAGAAGCAAGGUCAGGAACGGAGAGGUUGCCAACAACUUCCUUGGUCGAUGAGCCCCGUGUUUACGGUCGAGAAAAGGCAAAACAAGAAAUACUUGAAUUGUUGCUCAAGGAUGAAGCAAGUAAUGAUGAAGCAUGCGUCAUUCCAAUAGGUGGUAUGGGUGGUGUGGGCAAGACCACUCUUGCUCAACUUGUCUACAAUGAUGAGAAGGUUAAGGAUUUCUUUGAUACGAAAGCAUGGGUGUGUGUUUCUGAAGAGUUCGAUGUCUUCAUGAUAACCAAGAUUAUUUGUCAGGCAGUGACCAAUGAAAGGUGUGACUUCAACGACCUCAACAUGUUGCAAGUGAGUCUCAAAGAGAAACUUUCUCGAAGAAAAUUUCUUAUUGUUUUGGAUGAUGUUUGGAACGAGAAAUACGAAGAUUGGGAUCGCCUUCGUGCUCCUUUUCUAGUUGGGCUACCUGGAAGUAAAAUUAUUGUUACGACUCGAAAUGAAGGUGUUGCACGUUGCAUGGGUUCUGUUCCUUCUUACCCUCUGAAUGUUUUGGCAGAAGACGAUUGUUUGUCUUUGUUGGCUCAACAUGCGUUGUGUACAAAAAAUUUUGAUGACCAUCCAAAUUUGGAAGCAAUUGGCAAGGAUAUAGUCAAAAAGUGUGGAUGUUUGCCUUUGGCAACGAAGACACUAGGAGGCCUUCUGCGUAAUAUACAUAGCCCAGAUGAGUGGAAAGCUGUACUGAAUAGCAAAAUCUGGGAGUUAUCCGAGCACAAGAGUGGCAUCGUUCCAGCUCUGAGAUUAAGCUAUCAUCAUCUCCCGUCUCACUUGAAGCAAUUGUUUGCAUAUUGUGCUAUAUUUCCGAAAGACUAUGUAUUUGACAAGGAUGAGCUAGUUUUGUUAUGGAUGGCGGAAGGAUUUCUACAACAAUCAGAAGAAAUGGAAGUGUUAGGUGGCGACUGUUUCAUUGAACUAUUAUCAAGGUCCUUCUUCCAACGUUCAGGUGGUACGGAAUCAAAAUUUGUGAUGCAUGACCUUUUGAAUGAUCUAGCUCAAUAUGUUGCUGGAGAAACAUGUUUUAGGUUGGAUGAUAAUAUGAAGGGCAAUGAACGGUGUAAGAUUUCUGAAAAAGCUCGCCACUCGUCAUUCAUUCGCCACAAAUAUGAGGUCUAUAAAAGAUUUAAGGCAUUUCAUGAACUUCGGGGUUUGCGGACUUUCUUACCUCUGCCAAUUUAUAAGUCAUCUAGUUGGCAAGGCUUCUAUUUAAACAAUAAUAUUUUGGUCAACCUACUACCAAAAUUGCGGUGCUUAAGAGUCUUAUCUUUGUGUGGAUACAAAAUAAAUGAGUUACCCAACUCGACGGGGGAUUUGAAACAUCUUCGGUACCUGAAUUUAUCUCAGACAUUGAUUACAAGGUUGCCUGAAUCAGUGAGUACUCUCUACAAUUUACAAACAUUAUUAUUAAAAGAUUGCCUCGCCCUUUGUAAGUUACCCUCCAACAUAGAAAAUUUGGUGAACUUGCGCCAUCUUGACAUUCGAGAUACUCCAAAAUUAGAAGAGAUGUCCUCAGGGAUUGGUAGAUUAAAAUGUUUGCAAACAUUACCAAAGAUUCUUAUUGGCAAAAAUAGUGGAUUUGGACUCGGAGAUUUGAACAACCUAUUGCUUCUGAGAGGGAUGCUUUCUAUUGUAGGGUUAGAAAAUGUUAUGGACGUGCAGGAUGCAGAGGAGACAAAUUUAAGUUGUAAGCAGGAUAUUAAUGAGUUGGAAUUUAAAUGGAACAGUGACAGUGAAAAUUCUCAAAAUGAAGGGCUGCAAGUUAGUGUACUUGAAAUGCUACGGCCGCAUAGAAAACUAAAAAGUCUUAAAAUUGAGUUCUACAGGGGCAUCACAUUUCCUAGUUGGAUUGGGGAUCCAUCAUUCUCUAAAACAGUGUAUAUUAGUCUUCGAGGUUGUACAAAAUGCAAGUUUUUACCACCACUUGGCCAGCUACCCUUCCUCAAAGAACUGUACAUAGAAGAAAUGGAUUCUGUAAGAAGCGUGGGUGCAGAGUUCAACUGUGGGGGUAACACUUUGGAGAUUCCAUUUCCAUCACUCGAGAUUCUGUCGUUUGGCGAGAUGCCAAAAUGGGAGGAAUGGUCUUGUUCGAAUGGUGUUGACUUUAGAGGACUUUUUCCUCGCCUUCGUGAGCUUAUUAUAUGCAAUUGUCCUAAACUGGUGAGUGUUCCACUUUUAAGACUUCUCUCUCUUUGCGAGUUAGAGAUAAAAAAUUGUGAUGAGGCUGUGUUGAAAAGUUUUAUCGAAUUACCCUCAUUAACCACAUUGAAAAUUGAGAAUAUGUCGGGUCUAACUCAUCUGCCGAAGGAGUUCAUGAAUGUGUUGGUGUCACUUCAAUGUCUUAGAAUUGUAGGAUGUGCCUUGUGGCAGAAUGGGCUCGCACCAAAAAACCUUUCCGGUUUGUCAGUAAGUUUUUGUGAAAAUCUGGAGAGAUUGCCUGAUGACCUGAAAAGCCUUACGUCUCUCGAGGAGUUGUAUAUCUUUUGGUGCCCGAAGUUUGUCUCUUUUCCAGAGAACAGUCUCCCGCCCACGAUUAGUCGUCUUGCUGUUAAAUUUUGUCAUUCUCUGGAGUCCAUCCCUAACCGCAUCCCUCGUCUUGAAGACUUGACCCUCAAUAAUUGCUCCUCUCUAAGUUCUUUACCAAUAGACACUCUUCUCUCCACGCUUAAGUCAGUUCACAUUGAGAAUUGCGGGAAUUUGGAGUGUGUUAAAGAGACUGUCGAACAGAGCAUCAUGUCAGGAAGCUUUGGAAUCAGUAAUUGGCCCAAUUUGGGGAGUUUUGAAUUAUACAGGCAGGAAUUUAGAUGCCGGUUGAAAUAUCAAAUCCCCUACUCGCUCUCAGGGGGUGGUUUGCUCACUCCCAACUUAGUAACUAUUGAAAUUGAUGGGUUUGAGAAUCCCUUUUACUUUCCUAGCCAGAGUCAAAGCUUCACAUUCCUUAAAUCACUCAUUAUACGUAAUUGUAAAAGCCUUGAGUCCUUUCCUCACCAGAAUUUGCCCCCCAACCUAGAAGAGCUAUGUAUCUGCAAUUACGGAGAACUAAAGCCUCUAUCAGAGUGGGGCCUGCAAAGACUCUCCUCUCUUAGUUUUUUCACCAUGGGUAAUGUAUAUCCAGAGCUACUUUCCUUUCCGGAGUCGUGUUUUCUUCCUGCUACUCUAAAAUCCCUUGGUAUUUUUCAAUUCUGGAAUCUAAAGUCUCUCUCUAAGGGGCUCCGAAACUUGACCUCUCUUGAGCGUCUGCUAAUCAACAAUUGCCCUAAAUUUGAGUCUCUCUCUGAGGGGCUCCAAAACUUGACCUCUCUUGAGCAUCUGGAAAUCAGCGAUUGCCCUAAAUUUAAGUCUCUCUCUAAGGGGCUCCAAAACCUGACCUCUCUUGAGCGUCUGGAAAUCAGCAAUUGCCCUAAGUUUGAGUCUCUCUCUGAGGGGCUUCAAAACCUCACCUCUCUUGAGCGUCUGGAAAUCGAGAAUUGCCCCGAGUUGGGUUCCUUGCCGAACGAAAGGAUACUUGACACAAUUUUGAUCCUGAAAAUACUGGGAUGCCCACUUCUUGAAGGACGGUAUUCCAAGUUGAGUGGAGUAGAUUGGCCCAAGAUUUCUCACAUCCCCAACGUUCAAAUUCGUUCUCGCAGAUAAUGAUGAAGCCUGUUGGAAGUGGCAACUUUCUUAAAUGCCAACCACCGGUGAGUUCGAUUUGAAAAGUGCUUGUUAAAUGUUUGCUUGUCAUUGUUUUUUCUAUUCUCCCGUGUGAUACUAUUGUCUAGAGUGCUAUAUAUUCCUCUUUGUAAUUAUACAGGGGCAUGUAACUGCCAACUUGAUUUGUUUUGCUUUGUGGUAAGUUGCCAACUUCUUCUCGUAAUAAUUGAAUAGUAUGAAGUUGAGUUUAGAGAUUGUUACUUGAGAACUACAUUAGGAUUUUGUACACUUGCCCGCUGAAGAUUGUAAUUUUACUAUGCCUUGUGCUUUGUUUAGGUACCGAGUGACUUCA